AGCCGCCAGCCUUCUUUUAAACGUUGCUCAUUUUUGCAGACUGCGAUUUUACAGGUUGUCAGGAAGUCACAGGUUGCCGAUGGAAGGGUCGAUAAUGUAUUGACUAGAGGUACUGGAAUUAUAAUAGCUAGUAUUUACACGAAAACCAGCUUGCUUUGAAUUGCCAACCCUAAACAACAUUUGUGCUAUUUAUGCAUAAAUUCGCUAGGACGUUAGACGGUGCAUGAGAUGGAUUCUUCUGCUUAAUCGUUUGCAUCUGACUGAUCAGUUCACGCCGGGCGAGCAUAGUACCUCCCUCCUCCUCUGUCUCCUCGUCUCUCUCGCUCUCUCUCUCUCUGCCUCCCCGCUUCGCUUCUUCUGCGCUGAGCGGAGCGUGUGGCCGUGUUCUGUCAGUGAGGAGCAGCCAGUCCACUGCUGGACCAUUAUUCUUUCUCACGACGGCAGGCGAUGAAUCCAUUUGGCACCGGUACAAUGCGGAGAUAAAUCUGACUUUCAGACCGUGGCAAAGAACAUCCAUGACUGUGGAGGAGUGAGAAUAUUACCUUUGCAACAUCGACCACAACAACCUUUGACGCAUGGAUUCAAAUCGUGGAUUACUGACGUUACGGAGGAAUGGUCGUGAAACCAUGAACUGCAGCUGGGGAACAGAGCUGUGGGACCAGUUUGAUAACCUGGAGAAGCACACCCAGUGGGGCAUUGAGUUUGUGGAGAGGUACACCAAGUUUGUGAAGGAGCGCUCGGAGAUCGAGCUCAACUAUGCCAAACAGAUCAGAAAUCUGUCGAAGAAAUAUCAACCCAAGAAAAACUCCAGAGAGGAGGAGGAGUACAAGUACUCUUCAUGCCGGGCCUUUCUGAUGACCCUGAACGAACUGAACGACUAUGCGGGGCAGCACGAGGUCAUCGCGGAGAACCUGAACACACAGAUCCUCUCGGAGCUGCUGCGCCACGUUCAGGAGCUCAAAGCUGAGAGGAAGUCGCACUUCCAUGAUGGCCGGCGGGCGCAGCAGCAUAUGGAGAACUCCUGGAAACAGCUGGAGUCUAGUAAACGCAGGUUCGAGCGAGACUGUAAGGAGGCGGACCGUGCUCAGCAUUACUUUGAGAAGAUGGACGCUGACAUCAACGUGACUAAAGCUGACGUGGAGAAGGCGCGGCAGCAGGCCCAGAUUAGACACCAGGUGGCGGCGGAGAGCAAGAACGAGUAUCUGAGCUGCCUGCAGAAGUUCAACAAGGACCAGAGUGAACACUACUACACACUCAUCCCCCUCAUCUUCCAGCGUAUACAGGAGAUGGAGGAGAGGCGUAUUGAGCGUGUGGGGGAGAGCAUGCGGACGUACGCUGAUGUGGACCGCAGAGUCCUGCCCAUCGUCAGCAAGUGCCUGGACGGCAUGAACAAGGCCGCAGAGUCCAUCGACCCCAAGAUGGACACGAAGCAGGUGGUGGAGACGUACAAGUCAGGCUUCGAGCCGCCGGGCGAUGUGGAGUUUGAGGACUACAGUCUGUCCAUGCGGCGGGCCGUGUCUGAGUCCAGCUUCCUCAACGCCAGAGGAGAGAACCGCCGCCGCAGCAGGGGGAAACUCUGGCCCUUCAUCAAGAGGAACAAGGGUACCAGCUCAGAGGACUAUAGUCACCUUCCCCCAGAACAGAGGAGGAAGAAACUGCAGGCCAAACUCAACGACAUCACCAAGGACCUGCAGAAGGAGAUGGACCAGAGGGAUGCCUUGGCUAAGAUGAAGGAUGUGUACGUAAAGAACCCUCACAUGGGGGACCCCAACAGCGUUGACCCUCGGCUGGAGGAGAUCACACACAACAUCGACAAACUGCAGCUGGAGACAAGCAAGUUUGAGAGCUGGUUGGCUGACGUGGAGGGGAAGUUGCUGGAGAAGGGCGACGCCCAGAGGAGACAGAGCGCCCACUACGACUCUCAAGGCCACACCCCUGUAGGAAACAACUGCGCUCAGAACCGGGAGAGCCCAGACGGAAGCUACACAGAGGACCAGAGCGUGGAGACCCAGUUCAAGUCGCGCAGCACCGAGUUUGAUGACGAGUUUGACGACGAAGACCCACUGCCCACGAUAGGAACCUGCAAAGCACUCUACCCCUUUGAAGGUCAGAACGAGGGGACGAUCUGGAUGGCAGAGGGCGAGAUGCUGUACGUGAUCGAGGAGGACAAGGGGGAUGGCUGGACGCGUGUGCGGAGGAGCGAGGAUGAGGAAGGCUAUGUGCCCACCUCCUACAUCAAGCUCUACUUCGACACCAGCGCCAAAGGUGCCAUGACCUACAUUUGAGCCGCUACGCUCCGCACUGCACCGCUGGGGUCAGCUGGGGUUGGGGAAACACACACAGUUUAGUGAGUCGGACGUAGAAUGUUUCAUAACAAGGAGCUCAUAGUCUUUGGUCGACCCCCAGGGGCUGCAACAUCCCCAGAUUGUGUGUGUGCAUGCUAGUGUGUGUGUGUGUGUGUGUGUGUGUGUGUGUGAGAGCGAGC